UAGAGCGGGCGGGUUCCCGGGGACCGCGGCUGCCGGAGCCUCCCCGGUCCCCACCCCCGCCCCGCGGCGCCGCGACCCCGCUCCCCGGCCUCGCAGGCCGUGACAAUGGACUAUGACUUUAAAGUGAAGCUGAGCAGCGAGCGGGAGCGGGUCGAGGACCUGUUUGAAUACGAGGGCUGCAAAGUUGGCCGAGGCACUUAUGGUCACGUCUACAAAGCCAAGCGGAAGGAUGGGAAAGAUGAUAAAGACUAUGCUUUAAAACAAAUAGAAGGAACCGGGAUCUCUAUGUCGGCAUGUAGAGAAAUAGCAUUACUUCGAGAGCUUAAGCAUCCAAAUGUCAUCUCUCUUCAGAAGGUGUUUCUGUCUCAUGCUGAUAGGAAAGUAUGGCUUCUGUUUGACUACGCUGAACAUGACCUCUGGCAUAUAAUCAAGUUUCACAGAGCUUCUAAAGCAAACAAGAAGCCAGUACAGUUACCUCGGGGAAUGGUGAAGUCACUAUUGUAUCAGAUCCUAGAUGGGAUUCACUACCUGCAUGCUAACUGGGUGUUGCACAGGGAUUUGAAACCUGCUAAUAUUUUAGUUAUGGGUGAAGGUCCUGAGCGAGGAAGAGUAAAAAUUGCUGAUAUGGGCUUUGCCCGAUUAUUUAAUUCACCUUUGAAGCCUUUAGCAGAUUUGGAUCCAGUAGUCGUAACAUUCUGGUACCGAGCCCCAGAAUUACUUCUUGGAGCAAGACAUUAUACCAAAGCUAUUGAUAUUUGGGCUAUAGGGUGUAUAUUUGCAGAACUACUAACGUCAGAACCAAUAUUUCACUGUCGACAAGAGGACAUCAAAACUAGUAAUCCUUAUCACCAUGACCAGCUGGACAGAAUAUUCAAUGUAAUGGGAUUUCCUGCAGAUAAAGAUUGGGAAGAUAUAAAAAAGAUGCCUGAACAUUCAACAUUAAUGAAAGAUUUCAGAAGAAAUACGUAUACCAACUGCAGCCUUAUCAAGUAUAUGGAAAAACAUAAAGUUAAACCAGAUAGUAAAGCAUUCCACUUGCUUCAGAAGUUGCUUACCAUGGACCCAAUAAAGCGAAUUACCUCAGAGCAGGCUAUGCAGGACCCCUAUUUCCUAGAAGACCCACUUCCUACAUCAGACGUUUUUGCCGGUUGUCAAAUCCCUUACCCCAAGCGAGAGUUUUUAACAGAAGAGGAGCCUGACGACAAAGGAGACAAAAACCACCAGCAGCAGCAGCAGGGCAACAACCACACGAACGGGACCGGCCACCCAGGGAAUCAAGACAGCGGCCACACCCAGGGGCCCCCGCUGAAGAAAGUGAGAGUCGCCCCUCCUACCACUACCUCAGGCGGACUGGUCAUGACCUCAGACUAUCAGCGUUCCAAUCCACACGCUGCCUACCCCAACCCUGGACCAAGCACAUCACAGCCACAGAGCAGCAUGGGAUACUCAGCUACCUCCCAGCAGCCUCCACAGUACUCUCAUCAGACACACCGGUACUGAGCUGCGUCGGAUACUGUCCAUGCACUGUCGCUGUGCUGCAGGGCUGCCUGCGGCUCUCGGCGGGAACCUGGAACGGGCCAUGAGAAUGUACUGUGCAGCCACGUAGUCAAAUGUCCGGUAGCCGAGUUCCACCACUUUUCACAGAUUGGGGUAGUGGCUUCCAAGUUGUACCUUUUUGGAGUUAGACUUGAGAAGAAAGUGCUAGCACAGUUUGUGUUGUGGGUUUGCUACUUCCAUAGUUUACUUGACAUGGUUCAGACUGACCAAUGCAUUUUUUUCAGUGACAGUCUGUAGCAGUUGAAGCUGUGAAACGUGCUAGGGGCGAGCAUUUGUCGUUGUAUGUGGUGAAUUCUUCCAGUGUAACAACAUUAUCUGACCAAUAGUACACACACACACACAAAAGUUUAACUGGUACUUGAAACAUACAGUAUAUGUUAACAAAGUAACCAAGACUCAAAAUGAGAUUAUUUCGGUACACCUUUCAUUUUAGUGUCUUAACAGUGGGUUGAUUCGUUUUCUACAUUAAUCAGUGUUUUUUGACCAAGAAUAUUGCUUGGAAUUUUUUGAAAGUACAAGAAGCCACAUAGUUUUUCCAGGAAGGUUUCAAAACUCCCAAAGAUUGAUUUCCAACUUAUGAGUUUGUUUUCACUUUUAAUCUAUGACUUGACUGGUAUUAAAGCUGCUAUUGAUAGUAAUUAAAUAUGUUGUCAUUGAUAUAAACCUGUUUGGUUCAGCAAACAAACUAAAAUGAUUGUCAUAGACAGUGUUUUAUUUUUCCUGUUGGCGUUGCUGAUUUGUGAGCAUGCUUUAAAGAUGAAAAAAGCAUGAAUGAUAACUUCCUUAAAAAGGUGCGGCAUCCAAUUCAGAUAUUUUGUCCUGAUUUUAAAGCUGGUUGGUGUAGUGCUACUAAAAUUUUGUUCAGUUCAUUUUCUUUUUUAAAACUUGUUCGCACGUUGUUUAGGGUGCCCUUACUUCAGCAAAGGAGAAGGAGUAGGAGAGCCUUAGAAUUUUUGAGGAAAAAGAAAACCUAUAACAUACAAUGUACUGUAUCAAACUAUUUUACAUGAAUGACACAAGUAUUCUGAAUUUAAAAAAAUUGAACAUUGUUAAAAACAAGGUGUUAUGUAAUAAAUUUAUUUUUCAUAAAUCAAAA